GUGGGCCGACGCCUGGAGUGGGAAGGGCCGGGCCCGGCCCGGCGCAGGGCAUCUGAGGGGGAAGGGUCUGACCCUGCGCCGGCCCCAGACACCCCCACUCGGAGCAGGAGGCUGCGGCUCUUGCUCGUGCUGUGAAGCCGGCGAGCCGCGCCGGGGGCCGGAGCCGAGCUCCGGCGGGGGAGGGGAUCGGAGCCGAGCUCAGCCGCGGCCCGGCGCAGCUUUUCCAGGAGGCGCUCCUGUCCCCCUGGCUGAGGAGCGAGCCCGAGCAGGGGCUCACACGUUCUGGCCGGGGCCCGGCUGCAGAGAGACGCCGGGGUAGCAAUUCAUGGUCUUUAUAAACCAGCUGCCUCGCCGCUGCUGGUCGCCACCUGGAGAGUUACCGCACGGAAGAUCUCCUUUGCUUUUCAUUGUGCAAGGGGUUGGUUCACUCCCCUCUGCGCCGGGACACUGAAAGUGCACCAGGACGGUUCUUCUCUUUCUGUUCUUAGCUCCCAGCUCAGGUUCAUAGGCACAAGAACAAGGCUGCAGCCUCUACUGCAAAUACAGAAGGGAAUGUUUAGUUGUUUACAAAAGUUUCCAUUUGAAUCAAGUUCAGGGAUCCAUUCAUUGGUUGGUCUUUUGGGCCCAAGUUGAUCUGAUCUUGCUCCCCUAAAAAAAAAAAACUGGACCUACUGGUCUGGAAAACCUGCCACUCAAACAAAACUGCGUCAAACAAAUUCAAAAAGAGAAGGCUAAUGUAGUCCGAUACCCUGAAUGUUGAAGAGAGACUAAGGCACAGUCGACUUAAAAAUUAAAUUCACCUAGCUCCUGGGGCUCAGAGAUAUAGAAAAUGUAUGUACCCUGAGGGCUGUAGGUAGGUUUGACCUAACUGCUGGUGCAGACAGAGGUAGGGCACUGGAAAAAUUGUUCUGUUGACCUGACUACUGCCUCUUGGAGGGAUGGAUUAACUACAUCAAAAGAAAACCACCUUACAUUAUUGUAGGAAGUGUCAGAACUACAGUAGCUGUCAUGUAGACAUGCCCUAAAACAUAAUCAGGGAAUGAAUUCUGUAAAUUGCAUCUUUGAAGCAAGACCAACCUGCUUCUGACCCAGUUCAAGUGCAACCUCAUGACAGAACAGUCCAUCUGACAUCAAUUGUUUUGGAGGGAGACUAGCAACAGAAAAUUCUUCAGUUACUUUGAACCUAGCAAAAUAAAGGCCUUACUGUACCAUCAGAAGAACCUUGAACUGAAUCCAUUUUCAUAGUGGCAACAAGUGCAGAUUAUGGAGCUAAGGAAUUACUAAUUGUUCCUUGGUAUAAAAGGAAGACAAACACAAAACCACAUUUGUCAACUCUUGCCGCUUUUAGAUUAAUUUCAAGGCAAGCCUUUUAGGAGUGAAUUACGUGCAAUAUGAAGGGGACUAAAGAAAACAUGAGUGAUUGUAUUCAGGACUCCAUUAGAGAGGAAAGACAGUCUUUAUAGAAAAACUUAAGAAGGAUUUUAUGGAGAUUAUAUGGAUACUCUGCUAGGCUACUGAAAACUAAGCUUUUUAGAACAGCUGCAUCAAAUACAUCAUUUCCAGAAGUUUGGAUACUGCUGAUACAGUAUUUUGAGAGAGUACCUGGAUUUUUUUGGGUAGUUCAGAGAAACAGUUUCUUUACAAUGCCUGAAAUUCUAGAAAAUAAAGCUGAUCUUGAACUGUAUUCACCUCAUCCUGAAGUACGUGGAAUGACAACACUUGAUAGAGCAGCUUUCAAAAGGACAAUUGUUGUUCCAGUUCUAAAAGUGAAAAAAGUAGUAAUAAACAAAUUGUUAAAAUCCCUCAAACAUACAACACUGCAGCGCCCAGGUCUGAAGCGAGUGAUUGAUGAUCCAAAAGAUGAAGACAAUAGACUUGUUUUGUUGGAUCCUCAUAAAAUAUCAGCAGAAUAUUCACUGGGAGAAUCUGAACAAGAAGUAUUAAAGCAGUUUAAUAUUGACCCUCAUGUGUCCAAGUAUAACUUGGAACUAACUUAUGACAAUUUCAAGACUGAGGAAAUCUUACGAGCGGUGCUUCCUGAAGGUCAAGAUGUCACCUCUGGAUUUAGUAGGAUUGGCCAUAUAGCUCACUUGAAUCUUAGAGAUCAUCAGCUACCCUACAAACAUCUGAUUGGUCAGGUUAUAAUUGACAAGAAUCCAGGAAUCACCUGUACAGUAAAUAAAAUCAAUAUUAUUGACAACACUUAUCGAAAUUUUCAAAUGGAAGUGCUAGCAGGAGAGGCCAAUAUGAUAACAAAGACUAGAGAAAACUACAUCACCUAUGAAUUUGACUUUUCUAAAGUCUAUUGGAAUUCCCGUCUAAGCACAGAACAUGGCCGUAUCAUUGAACUUUUAAAGCCAGGUGAUGUUCUAUUUGAUGUCUUUGCUGGGGUUGGGCCUUUUGCCAUCCCAGCAGCAAAGAGAAAGUGCAGCGUAUUUGCAAAUGAUCUCAACCCUGAAUCCUACAAAUGGCUUGUACACAACUGUAAAUUAAACAAAGUGGACAAAAAAAUAAAAAAAUUCAAUAUGGAUGGUAGGGAUUUUCUUCUGGGACCAGUUAAAGAAGAGCUAACCAAGGAACUGUCACUUCUGACAAAAGAAAGGAAAAACACUCUGCACAUAGUCAUGAAUUUGCCAGCUUUGGCUAUUGAAUUUCUAGAUGUUUUCAAACAUUUCUUAGACGGAAAGCCAUGCAGCACUGACCUCCUUCCCACAGUGCACUGUUACAGCUUCUCAAAACAGGAUAAUCCUGCCAAAGAUGUUCAAGAACGGGCUGAAGCUUUUUUGGGAACUUCCUUAGAGGGACGCUGUUCUACUCAUCUGGUGAGAAAUGUUGCACCAAAUAAGGAAAUGAUGUGCAUCAGUUUCCAGAUCCCAGCUGAAGUGCUGUUCAAGAAGCAGUGUACUCAUGAAGAGAGUCCUGCAGAACCAGCCUCUAAACGUCUGCGCCCAAAUGAAGACUUUCCAGAAUAAAAAUUGACUAAAUUUAAAAGACUAGUUAAUACAAUUUUGGUUAUUUUGUGCAAGAGAGCUAGGUGGAAAAUCUACCCUCAAGUCACUGAAAGCAGAAUGGAUUUACCCACAUACACCAAGAAAAUAGUCAUAAUGCAUGAAAGUCGGGGGGCAGGGGGAGGGAUUGUGAGCACCUUACUCCUGUCCAUUUUUAAAAAAACAGGAUCAGUAACUAGACAGGAUCGUUUCUUUUAUUGCAAAGAAUAUUAAACUUUUUAUUUUCUCA